AUGGAAAAGACUGCUGGGGAGUACGAGUACACAUCGCUGGCGGACUACACACUCAGGACGGCGCCGUGGAGGGUCAUCUCGUAUUCUUUCGCAUCCGGUAUAAUGGGUGGCACAGGAGGAGCGACGAUUGCGGUCAUGCGGAAUAUCCUUGCCACUCCCGCCGCCGUCUCUGCGGGUGCCAGGACGGGCGUAUUUGGCUUCACCUUCUUCUCCGUCCGGGAAUACGCCGUUACGCCUCUCCUCACCCACUUCUCCCUCCACCCUUCCCCUCUCCCUCCCAAACCCGACGACCCUCCCGUACCCUUCCAAUCCCCCCACACCGCCAACCUCCUCGACACCUCCCUCUCAGGUCUGCUAGCCGGCACAGCCUUCUCCGGCGUCCUGCGACAAGCUUCCCCUCCUCUGCUACACCUCCGAGCGGGCGUCACCCUCGCACUUGCAAGCACGAUACUGCAAGGAUUCGUCAACGAGCUCGAUGUAGGACGAAUCAAGUUUAUCGCGUGGUCUGAACAACGACGGCGCAUGCGGCGACUCGAGCAAGGGCUUGAUCCAGACGAGCCCGUCGCCCAAUCCUCUCUCCGCGCUCCUCCUGCCUCUCCCGCCGCUACCGCUCCAUCCACACAGCCCACCUCACUCCUCACUACCCCCGCCUCGACAUCCAAAAUCAACGAGCCCUCGUUCGAGACUUUCGCGGACCGAUCCGACCGCGUCUUCGGCGAAGGCUGGCGGUGGUUCAAAUCCAAGCUAUCUGUCCUCGCGCCUGUCAAGCGCAUCGAGGAGGGCGAAUACGAGAAGCGCUUGGUGGAGAUGAUGCGGCAGUUGGAGGAGGAGAGGAGGGAGGUGAGGAGGGAGAUUGGCGAGUUGAGGGAGAGGAGGGACGCGUUGGAUGAGAAGGACCGGUUGCAUGAGGUUGCCGUGAGGAUGGAGGAGGAGGCAAGGAAGUAG